CGCUGCAUCUGGGACGGAGUUGAAAACAAAACACGCACACCACAACGGCCCGAACUGCCGACUACUCGGCCGAGACAAUUAAAUUGUACACAAUACUACCGUAGAUUUGCCAGCGCUGUCAAAAAAGUGAAAAUCUUUGCGAGGAUUACUCAUUACUUGAUUGCUUCCGUUCACUUGGGCGAAUGAAAUCGAUUAUUUAUAUGCAAUAGAAGCACAGGAAUUGGUGUUUUCGGUUGCGGAUUCGAACGUUGCUGCUAUUCCGGUGCAUCGGGUGCCCUCCUGCGGGACGGGACAACGGACAAAGACGAUGGAAAAGUUGUCCGUUUUCAGCAGCUUGCAAAAAUCGAUCGAUACUCUGAAGUCCACGGAAUGUAGUCAAAAAGAAAAGAUUGUCCACUUCGGGCACAUCAGCGAGUCGCUGUUGGCUAUCAAAGCUGGACCGUUGAAUGCCAACUUUACGAAACACCUGAGCACAGCCAUCGCGACCCUGUUGAUGUUCUGUGAGGAAAUCGAUUCCAGUGUCCGGAUGAGUGCCGAAGAGAAUCUGAACCGGAUUGUACGUUACUGCGAAGGAAAUGGAGCGUUGGUACGGAUUCAAAUCGAUUUGUACCAUGAGUUGAAACGAAACGGGAAUGAAAAAUCACUGCGGAUUUGUCUCGGGUUGUUCGGGCACUACUGCGGCGCGAUUAAGCAGAGGAAGUGCAAAACAUACGCCCAGAAUUUGCUACCAUGCAUCUAUGCUAUAUCGAAGCGCCGAGAGACUCAGGUGCUGGAAAGUUUAGCAAAUUUUGUGAAGGUUUUUGUGGAGCAGUUGGAAAGUUUCUUGACCGAUGGAGAAGUUCUUAAAAUGACGAUGCUAUUUGUUGAAGAUUUGACGGCCGAUUGUGCCACCAAACGACGUUGCGCCGCUCAGAAUAUUGACUCGUUUGUGGUGUGGUCCCGCUGUCCGGAAUUCUACGCCAACAACGUUUUCAAUCGAUGUGUGGAGAUACUGCUGAAAAAUCAAGAACAGAACGCCGUGCUCGGUGUGAUGGCAUGUCUGCGGGGAAUCCUGCCGAUUGUGUUGAAGAAUUCCAGCGUCGAAAGGUCGGUGGAAAUAUUCGAUCUUGUGUUGCACUUCCUCAAGGACGGAAGCCACAGUAUAAUUAAUGCGGCUCUGGAAGUGGUGAGCGUCAUUCUCGUAAACAUUCCGCAAGCCAUGGGAAAAUUGUUGCUGUCCAACGAUUUGGACCAUCGGCGGAUACUGUUCAAACGGAAGACGCUGAAAAAUUCGAUUUUUAAAAUCAAUCUCAGUGAUAGCAUUUUGAGUUCCCGGAAAUCCAGUACCGAUGCUCGCAUGGACUGUCUUAAGCCGGACCGUAGGCCAUCGCUGCUGCAGGUUACUUCGACACCGACGAAAUUUCCCUCCGGAGAUGAUAAAAGCCUAGCGUCCGCAUCGGAUCUGGACAUGGACUCGUUUCGCAGCAUGGAGUUCGAUCAAUCACUGCAACUGACGGAAGAUCCGAAACCUAAGCCCGGUGAGGCAGAUACUGUGUCACUCAAGAGUCAAAAAUCUACCGAUUCGUUGGGUUCUUUCAUUAACACAUUUCUGACCAGCAGUUCGAAUGCGGGUGAAUCCGUGAGUAAAUUUUUCCGUAAACCUUUCGAUUCGCCUGCAUCGAUGGCAAGCAGCCGGGGAGAUCCGUCGGUGUUGGCGUCGGCUGGUGAUACGUCGGUUAAACGUCAACCGGAAGAAGACGAUCUUUCGCUGGAGUCACUGGCCAGCAGUCAAAUUUCGAUUCAAAGCAGUGCCGUCGAAACGCUUCGCAAUGAAUUGGACGUCACUUUGGAGGUGGAUGAUUCGCUGGUGACGACUGAUUCGGUUUCGGCUACCCUAGCGGAAGCUGCUGUCGAUGUUGAGAUUCGUGCCGAGACACCAACAGCGUCACUAGCCGGGGCCAUGGAAGACGUUGAUGACCCAUCGGAAUCAGCCACACGGGAACUGUUUAUCGGUUCCAUUCACGAUCAAAACAUGUUGGAAUACGCAGUUCGGUUGAUCGCUUCCCGAUUUUUGCUCGCCGGAACCCGCCGUUCACUGGUAUCCGAUUUUACGGCACGCGUCUCGGUGAAAACCAUGGCACUACAGAUUGUGGCACAGUGCGUUCUGCUGCGACCGGAACUACUGCUGCUGCCACUGGAAAAAGACGAACCGAAAGAUGAGUUCGAUGUCGUUGAAAUUCUCAAUCUGGAAGAUGCCAUUAAUGAAAUUGCCGAACAGGCGAUUCUUGAAAUGGACGAAGGAGCUGCCGAAGAAACAACGACAGCAGCAGCUGCUGCACCGGCGGAAGACGGAACCGAUGGGCUGCUGGAGAUGAAGGAGGAUCAUUUUGGUGAGUGUACCAGCUCCAGCUAUUUCGAGUUCUUUUCACCGAUGAGUAUCAGCUUGGAUCAGGGGCUAACUUCGCUCAAGACGAAGCUGAAGCUGGUGGAAGAAAAUUUCAGCACCAUGGCCAAUGAUAGCCAAGCCAAACUGAGCAAGGAACUGGAUGCCAUUCUGUCGCAGUCGGAUUGCAGCGCAGAACUGGGGAGGAAAAAUGAGCGCAAAAAAGAGUUGUUGGUCGUUCCCAAGGUCAUCACCAGCAGAGGAGAUGUAGUGACCAGACGACUGGAGCUGGACGGUAGAUACGAAGAUCAACAAAUGAUCGCCGAUGUGCUGCUAUUCUACGAUCACUCCGAUCAAAGUCUCCGAGGAAAUGUACUGUUGAUUGUGGGAAACUUUCUUAAAGCCGUUCUGGAACGGAACGGAAAUGUGGAAGCCUUUCUAAGGCACCACGAAAAGGCGGCCGUUCUUGGUAGCUUCCUUCGACAGGACGCGAUGCUGUCGAUGAUUGUCCAAGGUCUGUCCGAUGAAAUUCAUACCGUUGUGAAUCAGGCGCUGGCAGCUUUCGAUCAAACCGUAACCCUUUACUGUCGCAGUCAACCGUACAAAUGGAAACCAAGCGCUACCAGGCAAAUCACGUCAGAUUCCACCUUCAAACCAGCCACCAAACGGAACGUUUUAAUCGACGGCUGUGAUCCGAUGGAUCCCCAACUUCUAAUCAACCAUUUUCUGUCGGUUUUCGACAACAAAUACUGGCUGGUUCAGUGCAAAGUUUGCGAAGUGAUUGUAAAGUUAGAUUUCAAAACGCUUCGAAAUACUUUGGGUAGGGAACAGGCGAAGAUCGUCCAGCAGAAGUGUCUCAAACAGCUAAUUUCGUUGCUGCGAGACGGUGAUCCUCGGGUACGGAAUUUCGCCGGGGAAAAGCUGAUGUGCCUGCUGGAGACCAUCUACGAAAGUGACGCAAAAGAUGACAUUGCGGCGGACGACGAAGGGAUCGUUAAGGCAUUUAUCAAAGAUUAUGUUUUAGUUUGCUUCGCCGAACCAAUCGACUGUCGGAAACUGCGAACACCAAGCGAUACCCAACUUUUCGGAGCGAAGCUGGCUCCCAUAUUCUAUGUUCUCAGCAAUCAACUGUUGGAUGUGAGCGAUCGUAAUCAGUUGUUUGGCAUCAUAAAUUUCCUGAAACUGUUCAUCACGAAGUACAACCCGUUCGAUCUGUUGGAGAUUUGGAACGAAUUCAACCUGUUGAAUGUCCUGCUGAGUUUGAUGAGUGAACACACGGGAACGGGACUGGAUCUCACGGCACAAAACGAUCUACUGGAGAUCUGUUCAACUCUACUGAUUGUUAUCAUGUCCACACGGGAAACCUUCACCACCGUCGACAACGAAUUGAUUGACAAAUUCAUAUUCCACCUGCUGAAACUGAUGAACAUCUACCAGCAUCUGUUUGGUAAUGUGAAGCCCGUUGUCCUGUCCAGAGCUCAAAAGGGAGACCUAUUUAUGAACGCCCGGGAAUUGCAGUUGAUCAAUUGCUUCGGUUAUUUUGGCGCCGAUCAUUUCUACCUGAAGUUGUACAGUUUGCUGAGGAGUUCAUUCGAGAACUGGAAGAUCACCAUCAACGGCGACGUCGGCCAGAAGCUCUUCGAACUGCUCCGCACGAGCAUCGUCAGCCUGUGGCGGCUGCUGGAAGAGAAAAGCCUCUCCACGAUGAUCCACGGUUACAAAUUUAUGGAGGAGGUGUUCCGCUAUCUGAUCGUGUUUCUACCGUACGAACCGGAACGGUGCAUUCAGUGUACGAAGCGGCUACUUCGGUUUUUGUUUUCCAACAAUUCGAUCAAUCGCCGACGGGAGCUGGCGUACUUCCGAGGUGCAGGAGAAACCCUCUCGCUGGCCGAUCAGGACGGUUGUUUGCGUUUUGUCGAGAGUUAUCGCGAGUUCUGUAGCUAUAAGUGCCCGAAUCCGAUCGCCGAUCUUGUCAACUACGUCAAGUUGUUCGAGCAGAUCGUUGUCGCCUGUUUGAAAAUAUUCUCCCGAGCCUCCGUUCGUGUGCAAACUGUUACUCUGGAACUGUUGUGUGAUCUACUGGAUUGUGGUAUCAACUAUCAACAGCUAGAUUCGGGAAACGUCUUCGUGGAUUACGUGUUGAAACACGUUGAACUGUUGGAGACCGGCACUAUCCGUGAUUCCGAACAACUGAUUUGCAAAAUUGUGCAGUUCUUGUUCCGCUUGUCUUCGAAGGAACGGACCAAGAUCGUGAACAUUCCAAAGAUCAUUAAUAUCUGUGAUAAUUUACUGGCCAAUGGUUUGAUUCGAGGCGUUGCGAUAGAAGCACUGCAAGUUCUGGCCCAUGAGAUCUUCUUUUUGAGCAGGCUCCCGCUACAGGACCAGCAGAACGAGGUUCUUCUGGCCGAGGAUGCAACGCAGAAGGAGGUAGUACUGAAUAUGAUGAUCAAGUUUCCGGAGAAUGUCUGCAGCUAUAGAAUCGCACCGAUGGUUCUGAUGGUUGGGAAAUAUUCGCAACCCGGCAAAUAUGAGGCGGAGAUAUUGAAUGCCUUGUUGGGAGUUAUGUUGGAAGGGAAGCUGCUGAUCAAAGACAACCGAAACCGGCUGAUCGUAAGUCAGCUGCUGGAGGCACUGGGAAAAAGUGUUCUACUGGAGAGUAAGGCACUUCAGAGUUUUCUGAAGAUUUUGUUUGAGGUUGGAAAGAACAAAGAUCUGUCCGCGGGUCACAGGAUGGUUUACUGGCAGCUGAUCUUGGAGAAGGUGAUACUAAAUGCGGAGGAGAGUUUCCUGCUGAGUCACGUGAAGUUGUUCCUCAGUAAAGAGCCGGCAUUCGAUGAGAACAGUUGUGUGGAGAGCGAAUUCGGAAGAUUGUUGGCAGAUAUGGUCAUGAAAUCACUGGAAAGCUAUGACGAUCAAAAAGGCAACUGCUUCGCUAGAGCGUGUCUGAUUCGGGUCAUCCGCGUUGUGACCAAGUUUCGAAAGUACCCUACCAUAAGUAAGUGUAUAGUAGAAAAUAUUGUCCCGGGUCAGUUGAUCAGACUUGAUUACAAUGAUCUUGAGGUAAGAUCAGCUAUUCUGGACUUUCUAGUUCAAAUUGGCUACGCCAUGAAACAGUUGUUGGAUAUCGUCGAUGAUCCGACAGGUUCCAUACGAAGUGAGGAGAUCGCGACGGAUCUUAUUGGAUCAAUGAUCGAGCACAAAUUUGCACAAACACCCGCGGAUGUUCUUCUUUUGAUCGAACGUCGAAGCAGCACUUUGAUAGAUCACUACGAUGCAUUUCUGCUGAGCUACAUCUCUACUUCCGAACACGCUCGUGCGUUCGUUUCGAGUGUAACCGAUCGCUUGGAAUGUCCCACGCAAUGCCUUAAAGUACUGAAUCUACUGGAAAAAUCGCACAUCAACAGUUUGCCACUGGUUUUAGAACAACUAACGAAUCUUCUGACGAGCCAGAACAUCGCGAUCGCACGGAAAACUGCCCUAGUCCUAGACUCAAAGUUGGAGACAGUUACAAAACAGCAACCGUUGACCAACGAAUAUCUCAAAACGAUUCUACCGGAUCGACUGUUCAAGCGACUGUUCGACACGUUGACUCCGGAACGGCGCAAGAAGUUCCCGAAGCUGUUCAAAUCAUUGCUAUCACUAGUUCGGUUCUAUAAAUGCAUUGAUCCCCCACACGAUCUGGUUCCACGGAUCGAGUACGAUCGGUUGAAACAGUUGGUAGUGGAUGAACCGUGGUUUAUGGAGCAGAUCACAUAUCACUGCACGGCCGAGUCCUACACGAAACCUCGAAACAUUGCUCGAAUGUUGCAUGAGGUCAAUUCGGAAAGUAAGUUGAUUACUCUGCUUUCGGGGGGCAACUUCAAUCCACGGGUUUUGCGAGAGGUGAUCGUAACGGCGUUUGAAACGAUGGCCCAAACAUUUCGCCGUGAUUGUGUACAGUUUAAUCCUCACCUGAACUACCUGAAGGUUCAUCCGAUGUUGAAGGUUGCGUUGAUUGUUCUGAUGAAGAAAUUAGACGAACUAAAUCUGGUCCCGGAGGAUGAACUGGACGAAACAACGAAUUUGCACUACGUGAAAUCGGUCAACCGUUUCCUGGAAAAUCUCAACCGCUUGGAACACCUCAGCUUGAUUUACGUCGAAGCCAGGUUCAUCGAUCGUUUCGUGAAAGAUCAUUUGCUGAAGUCGAACUUUUUCGAGUCCCUGUUGAUCUUCGCUCGAAACUGUGGCAAAGUGAUUCGAUCGAGGGUCGGACUCGCGGGCUUGAAGAAUACCAACAGCCUAGAGCUGUACCUGAAAUGCAUCGAUUUGACACUGAAGCAACGGUAUCUUUGGGCAGAGCUAAAUCAAAAUGACAAAUACGGGGAUGAUCAGGAUCUGUACGUGUGUGUUGUGUUCGACAUUUUGAAAGAUCAUCUUCAGGGUAGGAUGCUGCUGAAACGCUAUCAGUCUCCGGAAGCAUUUGUAGAGCAAAUUUGGCAAAAGUACGAUCAAGUGGAGGUCUAUCUGCAGGUCGCUUUGAUCGCUCAGUAUUUGUCCGAAACAGAGGAAAACCCGAAGAACCCACUAGUGAGGGUGUUGCAAUCGGUUGCCGUUUCCGUACUGAAACUCGAUCGCUUCUAUCCGCUGGCGAUGACUCCUCCGGACGUACUUUACAGCUACAGUUUUGAAGACGAUUCUGCCGAAUCAUUGCUUCGUUUGCCUUCGGUUCCGAUCGAUUUUCUGUAUGAUUUGGAGACACUGGAGGGUUAUUUGAAAAGGGUCAACAUUUUCGGCUACUCGUCCAAGCAGCAGUUUGAAGAACUGUUCAUGUCACUCCUGGUGCUGAUCAACAAGGACGGCAAUCCGGAUUUGAUUAACGAUCAGGAACAGCACGAAAUCAAAAGCAUGUGCCUUCGAGCAAUUAUCGCACUGCUACUUAGCUGCUACAAAUAUCCUCGCAUCGGUUUCGCGGAUGGCAAAUACUACCACGACCCAAGGAAUACUGCUUUCAAGUGCGACUCGGUUGGAAUGAAAAAAUUGCACAGCAUCCAACUGCUAAUCCCAUCGAACAACGUAUUCUAUCAGCCGAACUUGGAACGCAGUCUGCGAGUUCCGGACGUUGACGAACGCUGUCCGAACGGCGAUAGCUCCAUCGGGACGGAAUCGUUUGCGAUGAAUCAAUUCUCGAUUCGGUACGCAUGGCAUACCAUGGAAAGUGUGACCAACGAAUCGCUGGUAGCGAAAAAUGUGCACUACUUCAUAGAGAAAGCCAAUCUGGACGUUCGUAGUUCGAUCCAGUUGCUCUACGAUAUCUUCGAACAGCUGUUGGAGGACAACUUUUCGCUAGCUCUCCCGCAUCUGGUACCAUUCUGUGAGAUCUGUGAAAACCGGGACCAGAUUCGACAGCUCUACGGUAAGGUUCUUGGACUGCAGGAGCGAAUCGCAAUGGAGGACACUUUGUCGCAGCAGCACAUCAUUUAUCUACUGUGCAAGAUGGCAGCACUGCUCGUACCGUCGAUGGCAGAACUGACCCAUCUGUGUACGAUCAUUCCGACCUAUCUGAAGAGCACUCAGCUGUACAUCCGGGAUGCGACGCUCAGCGGAGUGAUCUGUCUGCUGGAAUGUUUGGUGACCUCCAAUACGACGAUAGGAGGCCUCAGCGAGGAACUGCAGCUACUGAGGAAUAUCAUCGUAAAUUAUAUCGUCAAGCAUGGCAUUAUUGAUGAAAGUUUCGCGACUUUCAGUGACACCCAUACGAAGCUGGUGUGGGCUCUGAAUUUUUACCUAAUCGAAAACACGUCUCGAUUCGUAACGGAUUGCAACCUGCUCUCGAACAGUAUUAUAUCGGCGAAUAAUAUCCUCAAGCGAACCACAAAUCUUGAAAUUUAUCUUUGCAUUCUGAACGGUCUUGAACGGCUUGUCCUGAGCGGCACAACUACCCGGCCGCUGCUGGAGAAAAUCGAAAAACUUGCACUGGAUUUGGUCAAAGUGGACAACGAAAUGUUCUCACUGGCGGCGUUGAAACUCCUGCUAACCUGCAUCUACUCGAGCUCGGCCGAACAGUUGGAAAACACCGAACGCUCGAACGGAAUCGUACAGGACGAACCGGAGAUUAUUAUCCAGCAGAUCGACAAAAUCGAAAUUCUUUUCACCAAAAUUCGCUCCACCACACCUCAGGGUGCCAAAAUCUUCGGAGACGUGCUGUGCCAGCUGAUCCGCGAUCUACUGCCACCGAAUGAAAUUCUGACCAAGGUAUUCAAGGAACUGAUGCUAAACCAACCGAAUCCGGACAUCAUUGCCAACGUGACGCAUCAGGUUUUCCGGUCGGCCAUCGAUAGCUCCUAUCUGGCACUUCUGCAGGAGUGGCUGCUCUGUUCGUUGCCGAAUUUCCUUAGCUUUCCCCAGAUCAACAAAUCCGUUUGGUGUCUGACGGUAAUAUUUCUGUCCGCUUCACUGAACCAACACCUGUUGAAGCUGUUUCCGGAGGUCCUGUCGUUACCGUCGUACCAGCAACUGAACGAACGCGAGAUACGCAACUUUAUUCUCUCGGCAAAAGAUUUCUAUCGACGGCUGGAGCCCGCUCAACGAAUCAAAUUCAAGGAAAUCUUUCAGCAAACCGACGGAUUUGUUUAUCAAAGUCUUUUGAGAUGCCUAUAAAUGUGGCGACUAGAUUUUAACGCAACAUGAGUUAUUUAUUUAUUCAUAUUCCCCCUUACUAAUAGUGCAAUCCGUUUUUUUUCUGCGCGAUAUUUUAUACUAAUCAGUUAUUAUUUAUGAAAGAUUCUACGAUAAAUAUAUUCUGUUUGAAAGUUUAA